AUGUCCCCGGGCAGCGGGAUGAAGAGCGAGUACAUGAAGCGCUACCGGGAGCCGCGCUGGGACGAGUACGCGCCGUGCUACCGCGAGCUGCUGCUCUACCGCCGGGGCCGCCGGCUGCUGGAGCAGGCGCACGCGGCCUGGCUCUGGGACGACCGCGGCGCGGCCGGAGCGCCGGUGGGGCCGGCACGGCGGGCGCGCGGGGCCCCGGAGGAGCCGGCCGGGGACGCGGAGGCCGGCAACGCGGGGGCCACGGCUCUGCCAGCAAUGCCAGUGAAAGACAUAAAAGAACCACCUGAACAACAGGUUAGAACAAAUGAGACCGACCUAUUGCCCAGCUGCGCACCCCGAUGGCAGCAAGGUGCCUUGUUUGCGAGAGGAGCUGGGAAAGCGGUCAGAAAUCCUCCAAGACCUUCAAGUCAAACAAAAGAGAAGCAUCCCUUUGCCCUGUAUGGCGGGGGAGAAAAGCACACAGACACUGGAAGCCAAAGGACUCACAACGUCCGUGCGUCAGCCCCAGCGUGUGCGAUUCAUGAGUCAGCACUACGAGCCAAGACCAGGAGACAGACGGAAAAGAGGACAGUGGCUGCUCAGCGGCAGCGGACUCACUCGGUAGAGGUGAGAAAAGGCAGAAGGACCAAGCCUUCGUCCUCGGAGAGCCCGUGGGUGUCGGAGUACAGGAGACGCUACUCGGCUCGGGCUUAG